GAGAGAAAGGUUAGGAAAUGGAGAGCAUGCAGCUAGAGUACAGUGUUUUAACCCAACACUCAGUAUUUGUCUUGUCAGGGCCCUUGUAACUGGCUUCACACUGCCGUUUACUAGCUAGCUAACGUUAGCUACAUGCGUGCGGAAUUUCUGAUUGUAUACAAGAAAGCUCUGCAACUCUGUCAUAUCACCACUGGAGACUGCCUCUCAAGUCAAGCCGGGGUAAUUUCAGUGGUAACUCAGAAGAGAGCUGGUUGUCCGGGACGCGCCUGGAAGCCGUGGCAGAAAUGUCAGAGGCCAUCCUCACCUUUCACUCCCAGCUCUCCGCUGUCAUGGAGACAGUCCUCAAAGCGGCGGUGUACGAGAUCACCCGGCUGGUGGAGGUCAGCUUCCUGGAGGAGGCGACGCAGAGCAGACAGGAGGUGGAGGCACUCAGAGAGAGGCUGCGGAGGUCUGAGAGGAGGUGGGCAGCCAGGGAGAGAGACAGGAGGGCCAAGUGUGCGGAGUGCAGCAGAGCUGUUCCCAGCGUGGAAGUGGAGCACAGCGUCCAAGGGAUACAGCCUGGAGCUGAGGAUGGGUGUGGUAUCAAGGAGGAGGAGGUGCUUGAGGUGAGCCAGAGCAGCUGUAUUUGGGAAGCUCGCAGUGCCUCACCUCCAGGGGUGGCGGAGGAAGCAGCAACACCCAGCCUAGCAAGGACUCCGGAGACCAUAGACUUAGAAGAGGACAGGUUUGACCGUCUGCCCAAAACAGACGAGCUCAGAGAGGUCCCCCGCCGAAAAGGCCUCCAGGGACAGGAUGGUGCAGAGUCAGCCAACGCAGCACAUCUUAACAGUGUGAUCAAAGACGGAGAAGAGUGGUGCACGCGGCCGUCCUCUGCACACGCCCUCACAGACCAACAGAGCGACAGAUGGGGCGCGGGAGGGGGGUCUGCAGCGGGCUCACUGUACAGACCGAAGCCUGGUCUGGAGCAUGUCACCCCGACACGCCACCUAACAUCACCCGAACGCUGCACUGGGAGGGUCAGCCGUCUGGGUUCUGACGGCGUGAUUUACGAGGGAGACGGUCUGCGACGGUCUGUCUUUACCCAGGACUCCUCUCGCCCUGCGGAAAAGCAGUCUGAGGAUCACCCAGAGCUGGAGUGCGCCGGAAGCUGCCUCUCCGCAUUUGGAUCCCUUCAUGUGAAACCGGAGAUGGGUGUGUCAGACUGCGGAUCCGUCAAAGAGGAGGUUGAAAUGCCCCCUGUGUGUAGCGAAGAGGCCAGUUCAGCUAUAGUGCUACACAGAGAGUACAGAGAAGAUCGAGAGAAAAUGUUGCCGGUCUGUCUCCCCCAUAUAGCCCUUCCAGAGGACGUGAUGAGACUGUACUCAGCGAAAACAACGACCCCAGCGUUACAGUCCAGGGAGGAGCAGUAUGCACUCUCAGGGAAAAACACCCUACUCACAGUGACUGAUGGCCGAGGACUGGCGAACUCGGACGCUCUGAAUGAGAACGACUGCAACUUGUGCGAUAUGAGCUUCAGCUCGUCGAACGCAGAGGCUGACCAGAGGGAGUGUGCAGGGGAGAAAUCAUUCUCCUGCUUGCAUUGCGGGAAGAGGUUCAAUCAGCUAAGAAAUCUGAAAGAUCACCAAAGAUAUCACACAGGAAAUAAAACGCACAGCUGCGUACACUGUGGAAAGGGGUUUGUGUAUAUGUGCCACCUUAAAGUACACCUGCAGAGUCACACAGGUGAGAGACCAUACAGCUGCACGCAGUGUGGGAAAAGUUUUACUUAUCUGUGCAAUUUGAAAUCACACCAGCAAUAUCACACGGGAGAGAAACCAUUCAGCUGCACACAAUGUGGGAAAAGUUUCCGCCACCUGAGUCAUUUGAAGAAACACAGAUUCAUGCACACUGGAGAGAGACCGUACAGGUGUACUGACUGCGGGAAAAGAUUUGCUGCAAAUGGUGACCUUAAAAGGCACCAGCGGAUUCACACUAGGUAG